GGCUGAACAGAAAAUGUAUUUGUAGUAUGUAGUACAAGUUGCAAACAAACGUUUAGCGAGACAAGCAGGUUUAAACUGUCUGGCGUAUCAAUGAAUGCAUUCGAACUUAUAUGGAUAAUAUAACUGUUUGAUAGGGAUUGUGGUUUAUUAAGAUCGUUUUGUGAAAAUAUUUUGGAAAUUUUACUGUGGAUAAUGAAUUGGAUUUUUUGAGUGUCUUUUUCAUUUUAAAUGAUUAUAUUACUCAUUGAGAAAUUACUGAUAAUAUUUUACAGUAAAACUAUAUUAAAUGAUCAGUAAUAGUGAAAGGUAACCUUAAGUGAAAAAAACCGCAUAGUGGUGAGGAAUUGGAUGGACAUUUAUUUCUUACCCGUAAACAAUAAGUAUAGGUUAUAGCCCGACACACAAUUAUUUUUGAUAAUUAUAGACCUCAAAAUAAAUGAUAAUGUAUAUAAUGGUUGAACUAUUUAGCUACUGACAAAGCCGUGUCUUAUUGACCGCUAGUCAUUUGUAUCUCUGAAUUUAUUUCUGUACAGAUGCAACUAAUCACAUGGCAGAAAAAAGAAGGUUAUAUUUUCUUGGAAAAUAUUGUGCACAAAUGCAGUUCUACAUGAACUGAAGUGUUCUGUUUUAAACCGUUAAAAAGAUCUCUGGUUUCAUUGGAAAUAUUGAAUUAGUUUGGCAGUUAAGUGGACAAUAUAUUCAAAACACAUAGUGAAAUAUAUUCAAAAAACAUAGUGAAAUAUAUUCAAAAAACAUUGUGAAAUAUAUUCAAAAAACAUAGUGAAAUAUAUUCAAAAAACAUAGUGAAAUAUGAAUGAUGUACAUGUAUACAUAAAAGAUUGUAACGGAAACAUGGCUGUCAUAACAUCCGAAGCUAUCACCAGGUUGAUAUUUGUGUAAAAGGACAUUAUUAACCUGACAUCAUGGAAUGCCCCGUGGGUGGGGUCAGUAUCAUGGAACACUCCAAGGGUGGGGACAGCAGAGAGGACCUGACUGACUGCUGGAAGAUACAAAUGUAUCUGGAGUCAACAUCACAGGUUGAUUUGUGUGGACUUGGUGAGAUGGAGCUUGAGAAUAGAUUCAACAACAACAGCAACCACAGCAGCAACAACAACCUCAGCAGCACCACAAAUGUGCCUCUGCUGGCAACACACGACCUGCAUCUGUUGAACUGUGGGAUAUGUCACAAUAGCUAUUGCAAGCCAAAGCUAUUGCCGUGCCUUCACACCUUCUGUGAGAGUUGCCUAAGUGACUAUAUUCCUGAGCAGAGCCUGUCUGUGACGUGCCCUGUGUGUCGACAACAGUCCAUACUGCCCAUCGACGGGGUCUCCGCGCUGCAGGCCAACAUCUUCAUCAAUAGUAUCAUGGAUGUUGUAGGUUCAGAUUGUAACACCAGCAGUGCUUGUCAAAAUGGAGGUGAAAUGGAAAAACAAGAAAGCAGUGACAUUGCUAAGUCCAAACCUGCUGUUAACAAAUUUGGCGGCAUGCUUGAAAUGUUGAGACACAUUCCUAAAAUUUCCCAAUGUACGCAACAUCUUCUUGUAGGGACUGAGAAAUGUGGGGAAUGCGGUGGGGAAAGUGUGAGGACGUGCUCGAGAUGUAGCACGUGCGAGAAGCCCCUCUGUGAAACAUGCGCUAGCCAACAUCAAGACAAGCAUGAGGAUCAUGUGAUAACUGAAGUUCCGGAGCUCAGUAACAACCAUGUGAGCGAAGAUGUGUGUACGUCAAACCUUGUAUGCACAAACCAUGCUGGAAAUCCAUUACAGUUUUACUGCACCAGCUGUGAGACAGGAGUAUGUGAGACCUGUACAACGAGUGAACAUGUGAGCCACACGGUGAUUUCUCUGCAAGACGCAGUAGGUGAACACAAGUCCUCUCUUGCUACACUCAUGUCUGCUGCGCGUGAGCAGAUACCCACUCUUCACGAGGCUAUAAAUAACAUUACUGAAGUCGAACAAGUUUUAGCUAGUCAGACAGAAGUUGCCGAGGGUAAAAUCACGGAGGCAUUUGAUGAGCUGGUAAAACUAAUGAACGAGAGGAAAUCCACACUGUUGAAAGAUCUGAGUAAUGUGUAUAACAAGAAAAAAGAGGUUUUGACACACCAGAAAGAACAUUUAGAAAGUGUUGUAAAUAAGAUAAAUAAUAGUUGUGACUUUACUGAAGAGACAUUGUCGCAUGGAAGUUCUAGUGAAAUUUUGUUAGUGAGGAAAGAAAUGUCUCAGAAACUUCAUGAUCUUAGUACUAGUGUAGUAAGAAAGGAACCUGAAGAAAAUGAGUAUGUAUCCUUUGACACUGCUCAUUGUCAGGGUCUGAAAAAAUCAGUUGGAACACUAGGGUAUAUAAGACAUAACUGUGCUGUAGCUUAUAAUACUACAGCCACUGGGGAAGGUUUACGUCAUGCCAUAGUAAAUAAACCUGCAGUCAUUACAAUAUCUACUAAAGACAAAAAUGGUGAACUAGUCAAGACCAGUCAUUCUCUUGUUGACUCGGAGCUCACUGCCUCUAAUGGUGAUAGAAUCAUUCCAGCAAUUACUGACCAACAAAAUGGGACCUAUGAACUUGUGUACUUGUUACCUAGGGAAGAUGAUUAUUCCAUGUUUAUCAAAUUAUUUGGUAGACAGAUCAAAGGCUCACCUUUCAAGGUCAAGGCUAUGAAAGCCAGUAUAGAUGGCCAUGGUGACUCUGCCUCAAGUACGUCAAAAAUCCCUAGAACUGCCGCUGUUAAACAAAAGGGGACCAAACGACCUUCAAGUUCAAGGUCAGGUUCAAAUAGGAAAAGCAAUGUGAUAGAAGAUGACCUUCUAUGGAAGGUCGGUGUAAAGGGACGUAACAAGGGAGAGUUCACCAAUCCACAAGGUAUUUGUUGUACAGAAAACAGAAUUCUAGUCACUGAUAGUAACAAUCAAGUAGCACAAGUGUUCAAUUUUUCUGGUGAGUGCAAGUUGAAGUUCGGCAUGCCUGGUCGGGUGGCGGGAAAGAUGCAGAGACCAACUGGUGUUGCCAUAACCUUGAAUGGAAAUUUCCUGAUAGCUGACUAUGAUAAUAAAUGGAUAAGCGUUUUUGCACCAGAUGGACGAUAUUUGAACAAAAUAGGCACAGGAAAGUUAUUAGGACCAAAAGGUGUAGCUGUUGAUAGAAAUGGCAAUAUAGUGGUUGUGGACAACAAAGCCAGCUCAGUUCUGAUAUUUCAACCUAACGGGAAACUUGUGACCAAGUUUGGUUCCCGUGGUAACGGGGAUUCCCAGUUUGCUGGUCCCCAUUAUGUCGCAGUGAAUGCUGCCAAUGAUUUAAUAGUUUCUGAUUUCCACAAUCAUUGUAUUAAGGUGUUUGACUGUGAAGGAAACUUCCUGUUUGGGUUUGGAUCGAAUGGGGAGGGAAACGGCCAGUUCAACGCGCCUACUGGAGUUGCUGUGGACGACUAUGGAAAUAUUCUCGUAGCAGACUGGGGAAACUCUAGAAUACAAGUGUUUGACAGUAAUGGGUCAUUCCUGAGCUAUGUGAACACGACUGCUGACCCCCUUUAUGGACCCCAGGGCCUGGCCAUCACCCCGGAAGGCACAGUGGUCGUAUCAGACUCUGGAAACCACUGCAUUAAGAUGUACAAAUAUCUGCAGUAACAAACAUAACGUGUUGUGCUAUCCUUUAUGGGAGAAAUCCUCCUUUAAAAGGUCAAUUGAAUUGAAUGGUUACACUCUUAACCAGUGUUGUGAUAUCUUUUUGAUUUUACAGUAAACCUUUGUUGGAAACAAAAUAUGUGUAUUUUGGUAUUACAGUUUUGCAUAAUAAUAUGAUUGUAGAAAUUGUGAAGUCACUGAAAUGGUUUAGCGGCAUUCUCAUUUAUAGACAAGGUUGAUGUGUGUUGAAAAGAGACCAACAUUUGUAUUUAUAAUAACCAUAAAUGUAAUGCUGCAUAGUUUUUUUCAAACUUUGGUUUUGGGUUGAUAAACAAACUUGACCAUCAAUUGAGAGAAAAGAUAUAUUCUACGUUCUGUUGUGAAUGUUCUGAUAGUGAAAUUAGCUUUGAAAUGCUUUGAAUAUUGCUUUUGUUGAGGACCAAAUUGAUGAUCAUUUCUGUAUAUUUCAUGCUUUGUCACACUGCUACACUAACUGUAGUGACAGCUUAGUAAUUGAUAAAGGUUGCUAGUAUCAACUAACAAAAGUCAAUAAUUUGAUGGGACACAGUCGCAUUACAAUUUAUUUUGUAUAAGUACUAACAAUCUUUGUUUUUUUAGUGGUCUACAUGAUAUUGUGUAAACUGCCCACUAACACCGUUUAAACACCGCUUCAAGCUCAUUCUCUGAAACAAUUGUAUUGGCAAUUUUGAAGUAUACUGCCUGCUUAUUGGACAAAACAAUAUGUUGACCACUAAAUAAUAUUGGCUAUGGAAUACAGUUGCAAUUAGUCAUGACAUGUCACUGUGUAGAUGUUGGCUUAGAGUAGGCAGUUGUCUGUAUAUACAUGUAGCUUCUGACUGUUGUCUCAAUUGACUUGCAUUAUUUACAUGUACAUUCCAUUACAAGAUUAAUGGUUUUUGAUUGUGUCAUAAGGCAAGAAAGGACAAUGUAUUUCAAUCCCAUGUGUUCGUAUUAUAGUAAUUGUUUGAUUUGGUAUAAAUGAUCAUAUUAAUUAUUUCAAAGUCAAAGAUGUCAACCUAUAGACCUUCAUGGAAUAGGAUGGAUAUUGCUUCCAGUAUAGAAAAACGAUUUUGAAAAAAACAAAACUGCAUCGAUAAUCUUGUGUUUUUGUUAGUCUUAAGAUGCAAAUAAGGUGAAUCUAAGGAUUGUGUAACUGCAAGUGUACUGUUGAUUUCAAUUCUGUCACCCUAUUUUGACGCAUACCACACAUUUCCAUGCUGCAUGUUUUCUAGGGUUUACUGAAGCUGUGAAGAUGUUUGUCUGCUGUUUUUUAUGAAGAAAAAAUAAUUCAAGAUAUUGAAUUGCAGUAUUGAAUUGCAGUUCAUAGUCAUUUGGGUAUUGCUAUCAUGCAAAAAAGUCAAUAGUAAGCUUUUACAUUGGUGCCCAACACUAACAUUUAAACUUAGCAUACAUGUAACAAGUCCCAUCACACUGGCAGAGUUUUGGUUGAGUUAUGUCACUUGAUCAACUCAAAAGCAUCUUCUUGCAUAGCUAGUGUAUUUUAUAAAUGAUGCCAACACUGUUGCAGUAUUGUCACUCUAAUUAAUUCUUUUUAUUGCCAUUUUGUAUAUAACAUUAAUAUAGAUGAACAUGGACUAAAAUGGCUAAAGCUUUUUUAUGAACAUCAUGCAAAAUAUUCCAAAAAUUGUUGAAGUAUAAUUCAUUUUUUCAACAAAAACCUUUGUAUUAUAACAUCUCAAUCCUUAAUAAUAACAUGUAGCUGAUCAUCUGUUCAUGAGAGAGAAAAAGUAUGCCCAUGCAAUAAAUUUAAAAAGGCCAUUUUUCUAAAACCUUACUUAUUCAAAUAAAAUUUGGUACACAUGUUGCAAGGGACAAUACACACACAGAACAAGGCUCAUAUCUCAACAUUUAAUAACUUGAGUUAUUCCCCUUUUUGGACUGAUAAGUACCCUACCAGUACUCUACCAGCAAAAGCAUUCACUCCAGGGUGACCAUGUUUGGUACUUAUUGCCAACGUUUACAGCACUUCUUUGGUUGAUCCAUGUUUGUGAUUCUGUUUUGACAAUGUACAUUUGCAUUUAUUGUCACCAGCACUAUUGUAUUUCUUAUUUAUUUAGCAUUAUUUGCAGAAAGAAUCUGUAAGAAGCAAGAAGAAUGGAGUACUAUGUUACAGGAAUGUGAAUGUAAUUCGCCUUUAUCUCAAUAUUUGGUUUUGGAAAAAUUUGGUUUAUCAGUAUUUGUGACAUUUCAGUACAAUUAUCUUGCUGUUGUUUAAGAAAAUAAAGUGACAAAAACCC